AUGACUCUUAACGCCUUUUAACGUUUUAGUUCAAUAAAUAACUCCCACGAAACGUUGUUAAACACAGAUUAAAUGUCAAAAACUUAACCCGAACCCUUCGGUAACAGAAACACUGUUUUUUCUAACGCAUCUUGGGUAAUGUAGUUUAACUGCCGAUGACGGUUGUUUAAAUCCGAGUGAUGAGUAAUACAUUAACCAGAAGCCAUCGGGGCGAUCGAGCUGCGAUACGCAAGGUCAGUUGCACGGCUGAACGUGUCCGAGUUCAUACCGUAAAUACUGUCAAAAUUAGUGCAGAAAACGAGCUUGUUUUCUGUUGACAUGUUUAUAAUGGUGUCAUAAAGUCUGCGUGUCCCUAUCCGUGUCUUUGUUAACACUGCUUGACCCAGUUUAAUGAUGAUUUUUGAGGUCUAACUUUGCAGUAUUAGUGUAUUGAUGUAACAAACAGUGUAAGGAAAACUGUUUUUUAACGUGAGUGCAAGGGAGUAAAGUUGUCUUUACUCUCAAAAAACCAGUUUUAAACGUUUUUAUGUUACACAAGUUUAACAUUUAAACGUUUUCUUAGUCGCUUCUUAGAUACAUGUAGCAACAGGUGGUAGCUGGAUAAUGAAUAAACAAAGCUGAAUAUAAGAAUAUCAGACACAGUGUGCGUUAGUUUGUGUGUUAAUGUUAUUGGAUGAUUUAUAUAUGUUACAAUUUUACAGGAAUCAUCAUGAAUUACGCUCGGUUUUUGACAGCUGUCAGUGCAGCCAGAAAGCCCUCCCCUAUCAGGAUGUUAAGUAAGUAUAACUGGAAGUCAGCUCUGAUUUAAAAGUUAAUUAUUAUAAAGUCAGGAGUCAACUAAAAAUGAGUAAAAGUGUGAGUUUAAUUAGAGUUAGACACCCCCUCCAGAGAUGAAUGUUGCCGACCACUUGCUUCUCUAGUUAUACCAACUUUAGUAACGACCGCAUGAUAGCAAUACACAGCAGUCUGAGGAGCCAUAAACAAACCUCAACCAAAACGCCACUCUAUAGCCACAAAUAAUGCUCAGAACAGCACCUAACUUCAUCAACAGUACAUAUACGGUCCUAGCCACCAAACAUCUUUUUAGCUUAGGCCAAUCCAUUACUACAGCGGGGUGUCGCAGCUCAAGGAAGAACAUUUAUGAUCAUUUCUUCAUGGAAAUGCGAUCAGACCGAGACGCUAAGACAGAAGAACUACUGUGUCUGUAGUGCAAAAUGAUUAGUAUGAUGAUUAUUAGUUAAAGGAAAUGAUAAAGAAAUUAUCAUAAAUGUUCUUCCUUGAGCUACGACACCCCACUGUCGUAAUGGACUCGCCUGAGGUCUCCGUACAAACAAGUGGCUACGGGAAGAGAGUAGGUAAGUUGUGUUUAGUCGCUUUGCGAAAGAAAUUAGGCAAAGUUAAAAAUGUUUAGUGGCUAGUACUAUGGCUAGGACCCUAUAAGUACUGCUUUCUGAGCAUUAUUUGUGGCUAUAGAGUGCCGUUUUGAUUGAGCACGUGGUUCUCUGUAUUGCUAUAGUGCGGUUUUUACUAAAUUGGUAUAACUAGAGAGGCAAGCAGUUGGCAACAUUCAUCUCUCAAGGGGGGUUGUCUGACUCGGUGUUACGGUGUGUUUGACCCUAAAUUAAUUUUACGUUGGAAUGUCCCUUUAACUUUAUGGGGACCCCUUAGGCAGAUGUUUGCAACAGUGUCACUCCUCCUCCUUUUUAGCCCCACAGCAUGUACAUUUCCCUUAAGGUGUAAACUGACUUUUUAAACCAAACAGUCCCCUAUGUUGCACUGUAAAUACCUGUAAGUUGAAGAGUAGGUUAUUUAAAAUAAAUGCUCAAACAGGGAAGGUUCUGAAGCCAGAUUUGACCAAAAAAGAUGUAAUAAUAUACCCAAGAAAAAGUACUUAUCAGAAUAUAUUCAAAUAGGACAAUACAUGACAAAUGAAAGUGGUUUUAUGUUAUUUUUAACUGUUAAAUGUCCAAAGGGAGGGGGAAAAGUGUCUUGAGUGGACCAUAUAGCAAUAGUGUUCUAGGGUUAAAAAUGACUUUUGGCUGAUUUUAUCUGUUUGUUUGUAAAGCGGAGCUUCAACAGCGCUCACCCCCCUCCCUCAUCUCCUUGGCUGGAGGAGCCCCCAACCCUAACACCUUCCCCUUCCAGUCAGCAUCCAUUAAGGUGAAGAACGGAGAGACGGUGACGUUUGACGAGACGGCGAUGAAGAGAGCUCUGCAGUACUCAGCGUCUAACGGGUGAGGGAAUCCUGAAACUGGUCACCUUUAGCUGCCUGAGUUAAGUAGGACUCAUUCUCCUGUUGUCUGAGUUUGGGGUUUAUACAAAGACAAUUUGUUGAUUAAAGAUCUUUAAAUUUAAUUUAUGUCAGAAAAGUGUGCAGGAUCAUUUUGAGGCGUACAGAAAAUGUAAGUAUCCCAGUUUCUGUUCCUCUAUCCAGAAUCCCUGAGCUGCUGACAUGGAUGAAAAACCUCCAGAAGAACCUCCACAACCCGCCAACUGCCAGCUACACCCCCGAGAAAGGCCAGAUGGACAUGUGUGUGACCACAGGGAGCCAGGAGGGGCUCUGUAAGGUACUGCUGGAAGAACUUUGAGCUUGUAUGAGACGUAUGAGGUUUGUUUUUGGUUCCUCAGACCGCUGUGUUUUGCUAUCGUGCGGUCGUUACUAAAGUUGGUAUAACUAGAGAAGUAAGCGGUCGGCAACAUUCAUCUCUCGAGGUGGUGUCUAACUUGGUGUUAUGUGUGUUUGACCCUAAAUUAAUUUUACACCGGAAUACCCCUUUAAAAUGUCCUGAAAAAGUUCACCUUGGAUUCUGAUCUCGAAAGCUUUUGUACUUUUCAGUCAUUUAGACCCCUCAAAAAAACCUUAAAUGUAAUGUCCUGUAAAUGCUCUGCUAGCAAUGAUCAAUCAGGCAGAUCACAUAAUCAGUCUAAUGUAUUUGAAAUGUUUCAGGUGUUUGAGAUGCUGGUAAACCCCGGAGAUAACGUUCUUCUGGAUGCGCCCACAUAUUCAGGCACACUUGCAGCAGUGAGACCCCCUUUUUUUGUAUUAAAGACAAAUACUGAGAGAAGAACUCGAGCUUCUGUGACUCUAAUUCUGUCUUCUCCUCUGUAGCUCCAGCCGCUCGGCUGCAAUUUAAUCAACGUUCCCAGCGAUCAGCACGGCAUGAUACCUGCAGCCCUGAAGGAGGUUUUGUCUCGCUGGGACCCCUCAGAGGUCCACAAGCCUGGGAGUGACGCCCCUAAGAUCCUCUACACCAUCCCCAACGGGGGGAACCCCACCGGUGCCUCCAUGACGACUCAGAGGAAACAGGAAGUGUACGAGGUUUGUGAAUGAAUCAGUGUCAAACAUCAACAACUUCAUCUGUAUGUAUGAAGCAGUGACUCAGCAGCACCUAAGACUAUGAUAUCAUCCUCCUAUUUUAACAGCUGGCCCAGCAGUACGACAUGCUCAUCAUCGAGGAUGACCCCUACUAUUUUCUUCAGUUUCAAAAGGUUCAUUUAAAGGCAUAAACAGCUUUUGAGUCUCUUUUUUUUUUGCUUCUUAAUUUGGUCUGAAAACCACAAAUGUAUUUAUCCCUCAGCCGUGGGCACCAACGUUUCUCUCCAUGGACGUUGACGGGAGGAUCAUCAGAACUGACUCGUUCUCUAAGAUCCUGUCCUCAGGGUGAGUGUCCAAAUCUCUGUCUGUGUUUGAGUGUGUUGUUUUACUUUAGACGAAGUGUUUGUGCUGCUGACCUGCUGACCUGCUGAAACUCACUGACUUUGAUCUAUCAACAGGGUUUAUAUUUGUACACCGAAAACAUGGUGUUUGAGAUUUUACAAUAAAUGAAACUUUUGAUUGUAUAAAGUCAACAGGAUGAGAUUUAUUUUUCAAUCAAAGUUUCUUACGGGAGCUUUAAAGGGAUAUCCCGGCGUAAAAUUAAGUUAGGGUAAAACACACCAUAACACCAAGUUAGACAUCCCCAUCGAGAGAUGAAUGUUGCCGACCGCUUGCUUCUCUAGUUAUACCAACUUUAGUAACAACGGCACGAUAGGAAUACACAAUGGUCUGAGGAGCCAUAAACAAACCUCAACCAACACAACUCACCUACUCUCUUCCAGCAACUGCUUGUUUGUAGCGACACCUCGGGCCAGCCCAUUACAGACUACAGCGGAGUUUUGCAGCUCAAGGAAGAACAUUUAUGAUCAUUUCUUCAUGGAAAUGCAAUCAGACCGAGACACUAAGGCAGAAGAACUACCGCGUCUGCAAUGCAAAAUGAUUAAUAUGAUGAUUAUUACUUCAAGGAAAUGAUAAAGAAAUGAUCAUAAAUGUUCUUCCUUGAGCUGCGACACCCCGCUGUAGUCUGUAAUUGACUGGUCUGAGGUCUCGCUAUAAGCAAGCGGCUGCUGGAAGACAGUGGGUGAGUUGUGUUUAGUAUUUGUGGCUAUAGAGUGGCUUUUUGGUUGAGUGCGUUGCUCUCUGUAUUGCUAUUGUGCGGUCGUUACUUAAGUUGGUAUAACUAGAGAAGUAAGCGGUCGGCAACAUUCAUCUCUCGAGGGGGAUGUCUAACUUGGUGUUACGGUCUGUUUGACCCUAAAUUGAUUUUACGCCGGAGUAUCCCUUUAAGUCUAAAAAAUCACACUUUAAAAAACUAAUCUUGGACACGACACAAAACGAUCCCUCUCAGCCUCAUUAACUGUCAGGCUGUAGAGAUUGUUUUUACUUCUCCUGCAGCUUCACCUUCAGCUCUGUUUCCCUCUCUUCAUCUCAGGCUGAGGAUCGGUUUUGUGACCGGACCCAAACCUCUGGUAGACCGGGUGGUGCUGCACAUCCAGGCCUCCACAAUGCACACAAGCACUUUCACACAGGUAAAUCAACCUUUAAUUUCCCAAGACCACACCCUGUGUGCUUAGCUGUGCGCUCUUUAAGUUGGUCUGCAAACAUGUUUUAACAGCGAGGAGUCCUUCUUUCAUGUGUUCAUGUGACGAGGAGACUGUCAGCUGUUUUUAUCGACUGGAGGCGGUUUUAAAAGAAGCGUGAAUCUGUUAAUAUUUUUUGGGGGGUGGCAGCUACAAUAAAAACACAUAAAUUAAAGGGUGGAUUAGCCCUUUAAACACUUUUGUCGUGUACAUGUCAGAUAAUUUAGUUUCUAACCUGUCUCUCGCCUCCUUCCAGCUCAUGGUGUCUCAGUUGCUGCACAGCUGGGGGCAGGAGGGUUUCCUCCGACACAUAGACAGGUACGUCCCAAACGGAUCUGCAUGACAGGACCGACUGGUUAAUGACACAAUAACAACACCUGAGAUGACAGUAAGGUGACUGACAUACAGGACCGUGCAGUGGUGAAGGCAAACUUUCCCUUUAUCCGGCAGGGUGAUCGAGUUUUACAGCACACAGCGAGACGCGAUGAUCAGCUCUGCAGACAAGUGGCUCAAAGGUUUGUGCUGAAAAAAAGGUCAAAAACACAAAAAUACUUGGUUUCAUGGCAGGUUAUUGGAUUGUACCAUCGAAACAGGAGCUUUAACACAAAAUCAAGAGUGGAAGCUGCAUCAGGAAGACAUGUGACCAAUACGUUCAGCAAUGUGCAGUUUCUUUGCAACUGUGUAGCCCUAGUUUCACCAUCAUGCAGGAUGUGAAGUUGAUAAUGUCCAACUGCUUUUUAACUGAUUGAUUUUUGACUAAAGAGGAAGAAAAGCGUUAAAAAGUGGCACAGCUGGCACUUCUUCAAUCAUAUCUACAAAGACUCAGUAUCAAGACAGAGAGAGACAGAGUCCAAUCUUGAAAGAUCAGACUCACUCUGAUCCAUCUAAAGCUGUUUUUACGUCACAUCUGUUGCCUUUCUCCUUUUUUCUCUCUAUUCUGUGUGUGUCUGUGUGUGUGCAGAUGUAGCAGAGUGGCACGCCCCCUCAGCAGGCAUGUUCCUGUGGAUGAAACUGAAAGGCAUCGCCGACACUCAGCAGCUCAUUAUGGAGAAAGCCUUGGAGAAAGAGGUCUGAAAUUAAAACUACCCAGAAUGCGGUUUGAUACUCUUUCACUCCGGGUCUGUGUUUGUCAGCAGAUGUUUUGUACCAGCGGGGGGGACACAGGUUUGUGUCUAUGUGAGGUGUAGGAUGUGUGUGUAAAAGGGCUAUUAUGUGCACUGUGAGUGGGUUCAGUUACGGAGCGUUAACCCUCCCACACACACACACACACUCAUAUACUCACAUAAAACCAGCCUUUGCGAAUCCCUGCUACUGGAAGCUCAUUAGACGUGUCUAAACAAGAGCAGGCUUUCCCCAGGUUCACUCUACAAGCGUCUCUCCUCAGAUUCCAGGAUAUUCAAAACUUCUGAUUCUCGUCUCAUCAUCUCUUAUGCCACCCUUUGACCUCUCCCCAGUGCAAGGUGUUAUUCUCAGUCCAGUGUCACGUUUAGACGUCACCCUUACUCCAAGUUUUUUUGGCAACCCAACAUCAGGUCUGAGUUUCGCCCUCAUCUCACAUCACGGCAAAGUCAGGGGCCUGUUCUAGGAAGCAAGUUCAACCUAGCGAGGUAGCCUUGGAGCUACCUCGCUCAACUUAGUGCGGUAGCCAGCGGUCUCGCUAAAAGGUCUUACGACCCUGGUUAUCAACCUCGUAAGUGGAUCCAGUGUCAGAGCAGGCCGGAGAGCGAAGGACCGCGUACUUUACAAACGAGGAGCAGGAGACGAUCAUGAGAAAGUAUGAAGAAUUCAAAUCUAUCAUAAACCUCAAAAGCAACACCGUCGCCGCUGCAAAAGCACGGAAGGAACGCUGGCAGAAGAUUGCCGUUGAGUUCAAUCUGGAACCUAACCUGCCCUGGAGCAAGUUAGCCGUUCAGCGUACGUUGCCAUGGAGACUCGCCUCGCUAAGAAGUGAACCUGUGUCGUAGAACAGGAAACCCCGAAUUUACCCUCGAAGUUACCUCGCUAAGCGGUAAUCCUGCUUCGUAGAACAGGCCCCUCGUGUCGAUGUAAAUCUGAUGUAAGAUGUUAACAUAAUUACAUCAGCUAAACCGUCAAACCACCAACGGGUUCUGACAUCAACCAAACUUGGGGACAUCAGGUUUUGAUCUUUACCAAAUGCCUGACUCAGGUGAUCAAUCACUUGAUUUUAUGUCUCAAAAUUAAAAAGAACUUCAGACUAAAUCAGACCGUGAUCUCCUGUGUUUGUCUGUGUGAAGGUGCUGCUGGUCCCUGGAGGUGUCUUCAUGAUCAACAGUAGUGACCCCUGUCCCUACGUGAGAGCGGCCUUUUCUCUCUCCACACCAGAGCAGAUUGAUGAGGUUUAAACACACACACUUUCACACAGAAUCAAACAUUCACAUACUUUUUAAAUGAGGUCUAAUCUUUCCCGAAUCUUUCAACAGGCUUUCCGAAGACUCUCCGCUCUCAUCAAAGAAGCUUUGUGAUCAGAGACUCAUCCAUCUCUGAGAGAUGCUGUAUUUUAAAUGAACUCUUGAAGGCUUUUCUGUUAGAAUAUCAAAUGGAAUCUGAAUGUAUUUUAUUAAAAGUUGUUAUUUAUGACAAUGUCGAGCCAUAAUCGGUUGUUUCUUAGGUUUGGCUGCAUGUCUAUUGAAGAGGAAUACGCGUAAAGUGAAGGGGCUAAAUGCACUUUUAACAAAGCAAAAAAAGUUCAAUACAAAUCUUUUUAUCAAUC